CGGCGAGAUCUCUUUUCUAGCCAGCCCUGGCCCGGCUCAGAAGGUGCUCCCACCAUGGAUGGGCUUCGGGCUAGCGCAGGGCUGUUGAGGCGCGGGCGGUUGAGACGCCGGCGCCAGCCGCAGCCACACAGCGGGUCGGUCCUGGCCCUGCCCUUAAGGCCCAGGAAGAUCCGAAGGCAGCUGAGGAGAAGCGUGGCGUCCCGCAUGGCCGCACUGAGGGCCCAGACACUGCCGAGCGAGGACUCGGAGGACUCGAGGGUGGAGUCGACGGUCGACGAUCUUGGAGACCCGCUGGCUGGUGGGGCAGCGACCAUCCCGGAUGCGGCCCGGCGAGAGCCGUACGGUCACCUGGGGCCUGCAGAGCUGCUGGAGGCCUCGCCCGCGUCCCGCUCCCUGCAGACCCCCCGCGCGCUGGUGGAGGCGCAGACCCCGCCGACCCCGCCGGCCCGCCUGGUGGAGGCGCAGACCCCGCCGGCCCGCCUGGUGGAGGCGCCCGCCCUGCCCGCGCGCCUAGUGCCGGCUCCCGCGCCUCCCGCGCGCCUGGUGGAGGUGCCCGCUGCGCCGGCGCGCGUGGUGGAGACCUCGGCGCUGCUGUGCCCUGCCCAGCACUUGGCGGCCGCCCCGCCCUCCGUGGCCCCCGCAACGCUGUCGGGGCCGCAGGUGGAUAGCACCGGCGGGGAGUUGGCCUGGGACUCGCCGCUGCAGCGCGUCCUGGCGGAGCUGAACCGCAUCCCCAGCAGCCGGCGGCGGGCCGCGCGCCUCUUUGAGUGGCUCAUCUCGCCCAUGCCGCCCGACCAUUUCUACCGGCGCCUGUGGGAGCGGGAGGCGGUGCUGGUGCGGCGGCAGGACCACGCCUACUAUCAGGGGCUUUUCUCCACCGCAGACUUGGACUCCAUGCUGCGCCACGAGGAGGUGCAGUUCGGGCAGCACCUGGAUGCUGCUCGGUACGUCAACGGGCGGCGCGAGACCCUGAACCCCCCCGGCCGCGCGCUGCCUGCCGCCGCCUGGGCCCUGUACCAGGCCGGCUGCUCCCUGCGCCUCCUCUGUCCGCAGGCUUUCUCGACCACAGUGUGGCAGUUUUUGGCCGUGCUCCAAGAGCAGUUUGGUAGCAUGGCAGGCUCCAACGUUUACCUCACGCCCCCCAAUUCGCAGGGCUUUGCCCCCCACUACGACGACAUCGAGGCUUUUGUGCUGCAGCUGGAAGGUAGGAAACUCUGGCGUGUGUACCGACCCCGGGUACCGACCGAGGAGCUGGCCCUGACAUCCAGUCCCAACUUCAGCCAGGACGACCUCGGUGAGCCGGUGCUGCAGACUGUGCUGGAACCUGGAGAUUUGCUCUACUUUCCUCGGGGCUUCAUUCACCAAGCCGAAUGCCAGGAUGGAGUGCACUCUCUGCACCUCACCUUGUCCACGUACCAGCGCAAUACCUGGGGCGACUUCCUGGAGGCCGUCCUGCCCCUGGCAGUGCAGGCUGCCAUGGAAGAAAAUGUGGAGUUCCGAAGGGGUCUUCCCCGAGAUUUCAUGGAUUACAUGGGGGCCCAGCACUCAGAUUCCAAGGAUCCACGAAGAACCGCUUUUAUGGAGAAGGUGCGAGUCUUGGUUGCCCGCUUGGGACACUUUGCCCCUGUCGAUGCUGUGGCUGACCAGCGAGCCAAAGACUUCAUCCACGACUCUCUGCCCCCUGUGCUGACUGAUAGGGAGAGGGCACUAAGUGUUUAUGGGCUCCCAAUUCGCUGGGAGGCUGGAGAACCUGUUAACGUGGGGGCCCAGUUGACAACAGAAACCGAAGUGCACAUGCUUCAGGAUGGGAUAGCUCGGCUGGUGGGUGAGGGAGGCCAUUUGUUUCUCUAUUAUACAGUGGAGAACUCCCGUGUUUAUCAUCUGGAAGAGCCUAAGUGCUUGGAGAUAUACCCACAGCAAGCUGAUGCCAUGGAACUUUUGCUCCGCUCCUACCCAGAGUUUGUGAGAGUAGGGGACUUGCCCUGUGACACGGUGGAGGACCAGCUUUCCUUAGCGACCAUGUUAUAUGACAAGGGGCUGCUGCUCACCAAGAUGCCUCUAACCUGAACUAGUUUCUUCGUGAUUGUUGGAAGCGAGACAGUGGUGAUUCUCUCUUAGCCACCAUUACCAUCUUUUUGGCAGGGGGGUGGGGUAGGAGGGACUCAUGUUCUUACCUUGAUAACCAUUUACCUUUAUGACUGCUCACAUUUACCUUUAUGACUGCUUUAAUGUCACAAAUUUCAGAUGGUUUUCCAGGAAUCACCACUUCAUCUAGGCACAAAAGUAAAAGCAGAAGUUGGAGGUGGAAAGGAGCAAUUUUUGCAGAAGUAACUUUGAUCCCUGAUCAUUUCAGAGCACCAGCUUCAUCACCCUCAGGCUUCAGCGUACUGUGUAGCACUUGCUGUGUCAUUCUGCUUGAGACAUUAGAAGUUUUUAUUUGGAAUUUGCAUCCUUCAUUUGAGUUCUCUUCAGUUUGGGGGGAGGGUUGGGUUGGAAGAAUCUUCCCCAAACCUGGAAAGUGAAUAUUUUCAUGGUUGGUGGAAAAGAGCCUGGUGUACCAGAGAGAGCACUGGACUUGGAACCAGAAGACCUGGGUUUGGGGUGGUGGCUGGUAGGCAG